AUGGGAAGACCAGCCAGGAGAGGUGCCGGAAUGGUGAUGCUCCGCACCCUGAGCAUCCUCCUGAGCCUCCUGCUCCCAGCUCACACCAGCAGGUCACCCGACUGUGGUGGCAUCCUCACCCCCUCUGGACUGAGCUACCUUGCUGAAGUUUCAAAGCCACAUGCCGAGUCAGUCCUCAGGAAGGACUUCACGGCCCCACCAGCGCCAGACCCAUCUCCCCCCUCCCCAAGUAGCAGGAACCAAAUUACCUCUGUCAAAGUUGAUAACUUUUCCCUGACCCUGAUUCCUGACACUGGGAUGCGGCUGAGCAUCGAGGUGGACCUUGGCAUCACAUCUGCCCCCUCAACCACCAAGAAGAUGAGGCUGUCCAUCCUGGCAGACCUCCACGUGGAGAUGAACCCCGAAGAGAACCUGGAGCUGGUGACCUCUGACUGCAAACACACCCUGGAGGAGGUGCAGAGCAGCGAGGAGAUGGACAGCAAGUCCUCGGGAUUGGAUAUUGGCAAGCAGAUCAACGUUGAAAAAAUUUGCCUGGAAGUCUCCAAACUGCUGCUUUUUCCAAAUGAGCGGCUGAUGUCUCUGGCAGCUCCAUUCCCCAUCACACCAACCUGCCAAGUCCAGUACCUGCCCCUGGCUGCCCCCAUGUACUCUGACCAGGGAAUCAUCAUCUCUUUGCAAACAACUUUCCAAGUGGCAGGGACAGUGAUCCCCCUGCCAGUCAGCCCUGUGCCUUUCAGCAUGCCUGAGCCAGCGCGCUCCAGCCCUUCCCACCUCAUCCUGGCCUUCUCUGGGCACUUCUACACCAGUUUAUUCUCUGCCUUGGAAGAGUCUGGAGCUCUCAACGUGACUCUCCUGAGCUCGCUGACCACUGCCACCCUGGCUGAGAGGAUCACUCAGAUGGGCUCCCUCUUCCAAGAGGACCUGCCAGUGGUGCUUCAAGCUGUGACCCGCAGUUCACCUCAUGUGGUGCUGGAGGAGGACAAAGCAAUCGUGAAGCUUUUCCUGACUGCCCAGAUCGGAGCAGGAUCAUCCUUUUUCCAGAGCUUCCUGAGCGUGAACGUGGACGCGACUGCCAGGCUCCACCUCAGCGUUGCCGACACGAGGAUGAUCAUUUCUGUGGCAGCCAUCGAGGAUAUCGAGCUCAGCCUGGCCGCCUCUGAUGUGGGUCCUAUACUGGCUGCCUUGCUGGAGGAGUUGUUCCUGCCCACAGUCCGUGAGGAAGUGUCAGCCCAGAUAAACACCAUCCUAAGACAAGGUGUUUUCCUGCCCCACAUCGCCAGUUUCACUUACACCGAUGUCAACAUCACGAUUCAUAAGGAUUAUGUCUUGAUCCCCUGCAACCUCCAGCUAGAGGCAAGGACUAGACAGACAAGCACCCGGCAGUGA